AAUAUGCCAUUUUCUUGGAAGAACAUUCAUUGUAUCUGGUCAGGAGAAAGGUUUUCGAGAUGGCGGCAUGGUGUGAGACGCCAGGCGUGAUCAAGUAUGGUAUCCUUGGGGUCGGGAUGAUGGGACGAGAGCAUAUACUCAACUUGGCAGUGGUGGAAGGGGCUGAAGUUGUGGCAAUCGCCGAUCCUUUCGAGCCGUCCAGGCAAGCCGCUGUGAAGAUUGCGAAUUCUAUUCAGAGAAGGCACACUCUUCAGGUGUUCGAGGAUCACAAGGCAUUACUCGACAGUGGAGGCUGUGAUGUUGUGAUUGUUUCUACACCCAACAUGACGCACGCGAGGAUCCUUUUGGACAUUUUGAGCCACCACAGGACGCAUCACGUUUUGGUGGAGAAGCCACUUUGUACAACGGUGGCGGAUUGCAAGGAGGUACUCGAAGCUGCAAAGAGUCGUCCAGAUAUCUUGCUGCAAGUCGGAUUGGAAUACAGAUACAUGCCACCGAUUGCAAGGCUGAUCAAGGAAGUUAAAUCGGGGAGAGUUGGCACAGUCAAAAUGGUGGCAAUUCGUGAGCACCGUUUUCCGUUCCUUGUAAAGGUUCAUGACUGGAAUCGAUUCAACAAAAACUCGGGUGGAACAUUAGUAGAGAAAUGCUGCCAUUUUUUCGACUUAAUGAAUCUCAUCAUAGGAAGCCAGCCAGUUCGCGUGAUGGCCUCCGGAGGUCAAGAUGUAAAUCACUUGGAUGAAGCCUACGAUGGCAAGGUUCCAGAUAUCAUUGACAACGCCUACGUGAUUGUCGACUACAGCAGUGGCGCACGGAGCAUGCUGGAUCUUUGCAUGUUUGCCGAAGGCGGCCAGAACGAGCAAGAGAUUUGCGUGACUGGAAACGCUGGCAAGGUGGAAGCGUUCGUUCCCGACAACACUGUCCGGAUCGGGAGCAGGAGCGGCGGCAGGCAAAACGUAGAAACCAUCAAAGUCUUCAACAGCAGAGUCAGAUACGAGGGCCUUCAUCACGGCUCAAGCUACUUGGAGCACCUGGAAUUCCUAGCUGCGAUAAAGUCCCACGGCAAGAAACCACCUGCUGUGAGCCUGGACGAUGGACUCCUCUCGGUGGCCAUCGGCGUCGCGGCGCAAAAAUCCAUCGAGCUAGGAAGGGCAGUCUCCAUGGAAGAAAUCAAAGUGUUUUGAGUAGGGGAUAUUUUACCUUGUUAAUUUUCAAUCCAAAUAAGCCAUGAACGUUGUUUCGA